UUAGACGGCGGUGACGGAUUUUUUUUUUUUGCAUACAUUUACCGAUAUUUGGCCAUAGACCAAGGCGCAGGCACAAAAUAAGAAAGAAAAAAACAAGCGAAACCGAAAGCAAAACCCAUCGGGUCGAGUGUCUUCAUAUCAAAAGUGUGCUAAAAACUAUAAGAAUCCGCGAGGAAACUAACUUAAGUUUUAUCUGUAGCGCAUACCAAACGCAGGGCCGUUGGGAAAGCAAGUCGGAAUAACAAGCGCAAACAGGCCGUCGACGUGAAAAAUAAAUAAUACACACAUAGAGAGGGAGAGAGAGAGACAAAUAAAGUUAUUAACCAGCAGCAGCAGCAAAGCACAAGUCAACACGAAAAGAACGACGAAAAAUAUAUUAAAAUGAACAAAACACCACAAUUUGAUGUGCCGCUGACCAUUGAGCCAGAGCAUGAGUUGCGCUUUAUUGGUCCGUUCAGUCGGCCAGUGGUUACAGUCAUGACACUUAAAAAUAAUGCGUCCGGAACACUGGUCUUUAAAAUAAAGACCACUGCUCCCAAACGUUAUUGUGUACGUCCCAAUAUUGGAAAGAUUGCUCCAUUUCGCUCGACCCAGGUCGAAAUAUGCCUGCAGCCCUUUAUGUACGAUCAGGCGGAGAAGAACAAGCACAAGUUUAUGGUACAGAGCGUGCUGGCACCACCAGAUGUCGAUUUAACUGAUCUUAACAAGUUGUGGCGGGAGCUGGAGCCCGAUACACUUAUGGAUGCAAAGUUGAAAUGUGUUUUUGAAAUGCCCAGCGGUGAGGCGAAUGCGGAGAAUAAUAAUGCUGCUGGUAAUGUCGGUACUGCCGGCAAUGUUGGUGGCACCAUUGUGGCUGCUAGUCAGGGCAUGACCGAGACAAUGAAGGGUGAUGCGCCCAAGCUGUCCAUCGAAGAGCAGUCCUCGAAUCUUUCUGAUGCCACAGAGCAUGUUGAAUCUCUGGCGGCUGAGCUUAAGGAGAUGCGCGAUCAGGUCAGCGAAUUAAGAAGAGAGAAUCUUCACUUGAAGGAUCAAGUAACACGCUAUCGUAGCUCGACGGCCACUAAGCAAAUGAAUGAGCCUUAUGCUCCUGUUUUGGCUGAGAAACAGAUUCCGGUAUUUUAUAUAGCAAUUGCUAUUGCUGCAGCUCUCUUGGGUCUGCUGCUUGGAAAGUUUCUGCUUUGAAUGCCAUAUUUACAACUACAGCAACCACAACAGCAGCAACAACCACAACAACAACAGCAACAUCAACAACGAAAUCCACAGUAAAGAAACGCAAAGCAGAGCAGCAGCUAAACUACAAACAUUUCUGCAAUAUACAAUAAACUUUUAUUGUUCUGCAGAAUGUAACUUCCACUCUCUCUCUCACACACACACACACACACUCUAUUAACGUUGGCCAGAACGACAACAACAACUGCAGCAACAAAAUUGACAUUAAAUGAAUUUCAGUCACUAGACAUGCAUAGACGCAGCCCAGCGCCUUAUUAAUUAAUUUUGUUUACAUAAAUUUCUGUUGCACCGAAACUUUAAUAUUUAUAUUUUAUAACACAUAAAUUAAAGCAAAGAAUGCUAGAUAUACUUUUGCGCAGAACAAUAUUUUGUACAAGCAAGCAAAAGUUUAUAAAUUUUAAUGUUUUUUUUUUCAUGUUUGGCUGAGUUUAUGUACGCUCAAAAUUUAGUUUUUUAUCAGACGAAAGCACAUGCACAUAAAUGUUCGUUUAGCUAAUGUAAUUGUUAAAUACAGUAAGCAGUAAAGAAAAAGAAAAAACAAAAACUAAUUAUAUAUGAACAUAAUGUAGUGCGAGAGCGAGACAACACUUGUGCUCUCUUUCUCUCUCUCGUUGCAUGCUGCAUUUGCGUGUCUUUUCUAUCUAGCGUUAAUUUCUUCAAACAAUUAAGACACAAAUAUUUAUACACACACACACACGCCCAAAACUAUGUUGUUUUUAUAUCUAAUCACACACACACUUAAAUAGAAGGACAUUGAAAAUUAUAUUAGCGCAUGUUACGUUACAUUUAAAACUCA